AUGACAAAUUGUGAUAGUUGCCAUAAACUUAUUAAUAAACGUAGCCCGGGAAUAGUGUGUAAUCGAUGUGGAAAAACAUUUCAUCUUAAUGCGGAGUGUUCUGGCCUCACGGCAAAGCAACGUACAGCAUUAAAAGUCGCCAACAGCCUGGAAUGGAUGUGCAAGGAGUGCCAAGAUCAUUCACCCAAACGCCGCUCUGUGAUCAUACCGAACGACGACGAAGAUGAGGAGGAUGAGGUAAGCGUGGACUCCAAACCGGGGCUUCAUAUAAACGUUAAGCAAUUACUCAGAGAUAUUUCUAAAGAAAUGGAGAAAACAAUCCAUAAAGAACUUACUGAUGUAACAAAAGCACUUGAAUAUCAAAGCGAUAAAAUGGACGAGUUAACGGAAUCCGUCGAGGGCUUCAAGGCUGCUAUACAAGAAUUAAAAAAGAAAAAUAUAGAACUACAGAAUAGAAACAACCAUCUAGAAACACGUAUAGGAGCCUUGGAACAACGUAUGCAAGAGACGGAACAAGAAAAACUCUCCAAAACGAUCGAAAUAACCAACGUUCCUUGCGACCCGAAGGAGGUGAUUUCCGAAGUGAUAGCAAAAGUCGCGAAUAAGCUACAAGUAACCAAUGACGAAAUUGAGGAGGUCAAAAGGCUACCUAGCAGGAAAGAACAACCAGGUAGAAUAAAGGACUCCAUUGAUGACACAAUUUUAAAUGCCUUUGAACGGAGUGGUGGGAGUCACUUAGAUAUCGCCAACAACUUCGCAAGUCACUUUAGAGAUACUGUUAAAAGCAUAUCUCCACCAUGUAAUAGUAAGCUUUUAAAUGCACAAUCAUACAAAAGACCAGCCACUGUUACAUUACGGCUCCAAAAAGCAACCAAUACAAAAGUCGAGAAGCUUAUUCAGCGCGUGAACAGUAAAAAAGCUCCUGGAAUAGAUGGAAUACGGGCUAUAGAUCUCAAACGUAUCAGCAAACAAGUAUCUGAAGCAAUUGCAAAACUAAUCAACUCUUGCAUAAAACAUGGUAAAUAUCCUCCAGAACUCAAAACUGGUAUAGUACGUCCAAUUCAUAAAAAAGGUUCUAAAAAUGACUAUGAAAACUAUAGACCGAUUACCAUCCUUCCUGUGAUUGAUAAAUUGGUAGAAAAGUUUAUUAGUAAUCAAAUUCUUACUUUCUAUGAAUCUAAUCAGAUACUUAACAGUAAACAGUACGGAUUUCAAAGAGGAAAAAGUACCACUCAGUUGCUGUCGACUUUUACUGACGACGUCAAUAUGCACCUUAAUAAUAAAAAACACGUAUUGGUUGCUUUUAUUGAUUACAGUAAGGCAUUUGACACUCUUCAACACAAAUUGUUAAUAGAAAAAUUGGAUGACUGCGGAAUUAGGGGGCGUGUACAGGAGUGGUGCAAGGAAUACUUAACCGAUAGGGCUUUUUGUGUGAAGGUUGGUGAUGCAACCAGUAUUGAAGAAUGCGUAACACAAGGCACAGCACAAGGAUGCGGAUAUAGAAAUAGCUCUAAAUCGUCUACAAAACGACUUCACCUUAUUGUCGAUGUGGUCGCAUGA